CUUGUCGCCCUCCUCCCUCGGUAAAGACGCAGCACUUCGGCUGGGUAGCGGAUCUCGCAGGCUUGGAGCUUCGGUGACCCGCUCGGUGCCAUGGCGUCCCAGAGUCGUCGGCGGAAGCCGCUGCGGAGGCCUGAGACGGUGGUGCCGGGGGAGGCGGCCGAGACGGACUCGGAGUUCUCUGCGUCCUCGUCGGAGGAGGAGGAGCUGUACCUGGGCCCCUCUGGCCCGACGCGAGGCCGCCCCACGGGGCUGAGGGUGGCUGGGGAGGCCGCGGAGACCGACUCAGACCCGGAGCCGGAGCCGAAAGCCGCGCCGAGGGACCUGCCUCCUCUUGUUGUGCAGCGGGAGACGGCCGGGGAGGCCUGGGGCGAGGAGGAGGCCCCGACGCCCGCCCUCGCGCGCUCUCUGCUGCAGCUCCGGCUGGCUGAGAGCCAGGCGCGGCUGGACCACGAUGUAGCGGCCGCGGUGAGCGGCGUGUACCGUCGCGCGGGCCGCGAUGUGGCCGCUCUGGCCGGUAGGCUGGCGGCUGCCCAAGCGGCAGGAUUGGCGGCGGCCCACAGCGUGCGCCUGGCGCGGGGGGACCUGUGCGCUCUGGCCGAACGCCUGGAUAUCGUGGCUGGCUGCCGCCUGCUGCCCGACAUCCGCGGCGUGCCGGGAACCGAGCCGGAGCAAGAGCCGGGACCGCUGGCCUAGCCAUGACCCACUCUCCUUCCUGACUAUGUCCUGGGGGUAGGCCUUGCAGUCUCUGGGACCUGGCUCUGUGCCCCUCUCAUCAUGCUGUUACCCUCAGGGCUAACCCCGCUCCCUGAACAAUGCUGAGUGUCUGUGUCUGUGUGUGGAUGGCUGGGAGGGUGUAAUGGUGUGCAGCCCCGCUGGGCCUUAGCAUCUGGUUCCUCCCCCUGGUCCUGGCUCUUGCUGCCUGGUGCUAUGCCUGUGUCUGAAGCUUGGCUUCAGCUCUUGGGUAACUAGCACCUCCUUGAUGUGUCUCCAUCUUGGGGACUCACUGGGCCUCACCUUUACUUUGUCUCUGCCUCAGUUUGGUUUCUCAGUUGGGCUGGUCUUGCUUCUUUCUUCCCCCAGGAUCCCCAGAAUCUAGUGGGGAUCCCUGAUGUCUUCCUUUACUCCUUUGGCUCCAGUUCUGGAAUUUUGUCCCUCUAGUCUAGGCCCUUUUUCUGCUCCCAAGGCUUGGCCCUGAUUCCACCCCCUCCUUCUAGUCCUUGUUCUGCUAUCUCCUGGCUCCUUCUUGUGCUUAGUUCCACCUCCUUGGCCUGAUCUUGUUUCCUAGGCCCUGCUGUACCCUUAGUUUUGGUGCUGCUGCUUUUUGCUUCUCCCAUCCUGCUUAAAAUACCUAUCUGAUCCUGGGCUGCAGGGACCCACUAUGGUUUCUUUCAUCAGGCCCAAGAUGAGGUCCCCUCCUGAUCCCAAGGGGGUCCCCCUCCCAGCUCUCCAGGUCCAAGGUGACAUCUCCUCCAGACCUGAGUUGGUGUGUCCUCCCCACCUCCAGGCCAAGCUCCAGAGACAAGAAGAGCCUCCUCCUGACUCUCCAGGCUGAGAUCCCUGUGACACUCAAGGCCCAAAACAGACUUGCCCUGGAACUUGGGGCACAAGAUGACACCACUUUGCAGAUAAGGACCACAUGCAUUGUGUCUGUUCAUCAUGUUGGCCCUUCAGUGCUUAAAGGACUUGGAUUUCUGGGGCUCAGGGCCCGGGGUUAGCUCCUUUCUCCUCACCUGCUCCAUCUUCCCCUCCCAGCCCUAGUCCCGAAGUCCCAUUCACGUGCAUUCCCCUCCCCCACUCUCUUAUUCUCCCAACCAGAAGCCGAGAUCUGAGCCCCCAGGAUGGAGAAGUGGGGAAGAGUGCUGUGUGGCUGACUCAGCAGACUCACUGGAUAGCCUCUCCCAACUGCAGAGGAGGCAGCCACACUGCCUGUGUUCUGGAAGAAGCCUGGGAAUUCAUCCUGGGGCUGAGGGUGGAGGGGAAAUAAGAGGUUAUUUGGCUUGGGGUGGGGUGGGAGGAUUACAUUCUGCAAAUGGGAGGAUUUAGAGAAUGAAUGUACACUCUUUCUCUACCUGACGUAAAACAGAAAAAUGGAGAAAGAAACUUCCUAUUAGAGUUGGCUGUUGCAGUGCCUUGAGCCCGGCCAGUUUACACCCACCGCCAACUCCCUGUGGAAGUGACAGCUUCCUUCCAAUGGCAAACCCAGCAUCAGCCAUGGGUCUUAUCUUUGCCAAUCUGAGAGGUGAAAAAUGGUACUCGGUGUUGACUGAAAUAAAAUGCACAGCCUAAAAAUUGAGAUUUAUGUUUUAUUUGGUGGCUUUCUGAGGACUCGAACCCAGGAGGCAGCCUCUCAGAUUGCUCUGUUCAUAGAGGCGAGGAGGGAGCCAGGAUAUGUAGAAGUUUUGCCACAAAGACCAGGUAGUCGGAACAUCAGAAGAUUACUGUUAAUUAAAGAAAAUCAGAUAGCUCAAGGAAUUUAGCGCUUUUCUAUGUAUGGGAAGGUGCAAAGAUCUGGGUUCAUUGAAAUAAUUUUCUUGAUAUGCACCUAGCUGUCUAGGGCCAAUUCUUCCACAUCCUGAGUUCCCUUAGGGGACAUGGUUGGGGGUGGCUGCAGAGGCUGGGCUGCCUGCUUGUCUGCAUCCUGAGUUCCCUCUGCUCACCGUUGGGGGUGGCGGUAGUGGCUGAUGACUUGAUGGCCACAGCAGCCUUUGUUUACUGAUAAGGCUGGCACUGUUUUUCACUCACAUCAGGGUAGUUUUAAAUGGCAGGAAAUAAAAUUAAAACCACCGUGAGACAGCAUUUUUCACCUGUCAGAUUGGCAACAUUUAAAAAGUCUAACAAUACCGAUUGUUGGUGUGGAGGUGAAACCAGGGAACUUUUACACCCUGUGGGUGAGAAUGUACAUUGACAUAAUUUCCUGGAAGACACUUCAGCAAUGCCUGGGGCAGCUGAUGGUGGACCUACCCCACAGCCCAGCGCGUGCUCUUUGUUCAUAGAAACAUUGGUAAUUGUGUCAUUAACAAGAGAAUGAAGACAUAAAUUUUGAUCGAUUGAUUGGAUGGAAUGUUAAACAGCAGUGAAAGUGAAUUAACUAAAGAUAGAAGUAUAAACGUGAGUGAAUCCCCACCGUGUAACAUCAGAAGACCACAGCAAGCUGCAGGAGAAUCCAUUCAAGAUGGUAGCCUUCAUCUAAGGUUAAAUGACAAAUGACUGGUGUGGAUUGCUGGGUUUGUAAGCAUGUGCCCUAUAAAUUUAAUGGAAAGCAGUAGCAAUAAAUACCCCUCAAAUGCGA